UCUUUAAAGCCAGUGGGGACUCGCUGCCGUUGGGUGUCGCUGUGCGCGUAAAGUCUCCACCGGCAGGUUUUGGUCCGACCGGACCCAACAACAGUCUGAAGUGUCAGAGUGUCGCUAACACGUGAGAAACCCAGUGUAUAGAAGAGGCUGAAGGACGGGGAAAGAGGGGGAGAGAGAGAGAGAUACAGGGCCGCAAAAUUACGCGGAAGACGAGGCUUUUUUUUUGUUGCGGAGGAGCCGGACGUGGAGGAAACGGCGGCAGAUCUCUGAUGAGGGAAUGCCGAAAAGGAGAGCAGACACACGGCCAGAGCACCAGACAUGAGUUCGAGAUAUCUCUCGUUGCAGGUGGCGGACUGAAGACGAUGCUGGAUGCCAUGGACGUUCCAAGUCAUGCUAGGGAUCUCCUCCUGCAGCUCAACAGCCAGCGCACCAAGGGCUUCCUGUGUGAUGUUAUCAUUGUGGUGCAGAACGCCCUCUUCAGAGCUCACAAGAACAUUUUGGCCGCCAGCAGCCUCUACUUGAAAUCGUUGGUGGUCCAUGACAAUCUCAUCAACCUCGACCACGAGAUGGUGAGUCCAGGCGUGUUCAGGGUCAUUCUGGACUACAUCUACACAGGCCGCCUUACCGAGGGAGACCCCACUUCUCCAACUGAACCCAAUCUGGGGGCCGUCCUGGCAGCAGCUAGCUACCUUCAGCUGCUUGACUUAGUGGCGUUGUGCAAAAAGAAGCUGAAAAGACAUGGCAAGUACCCGCCGCGCCUGGGCCCUGCAUUUCUGCCCUAUCCAAAGAUGGGACCAAACAGCAUGGGGUUAGGGAGUGGUGGCAGGUACAGAGUUUCUACUCCAGUCAUUCAACCCUGCCCUCCAGGAGGAAUUUUGAAUAGCCAUGCACCCCGGGCACCACCACUAGAGGAGCUAAUUCCCCAUCGAUUAGCCAUCCAUGCUGGGGAGUUGUAUGCUCCCACCUCCACCCAGGGCUCUCAGGUGUUCCCGUCCCUGCAGUCAGCUUUGCCUGCCCAACUUGGGCGUUCAGCCCAUCCCGACAGGAACUGCUCCCCCAACUAUGGCCUUGAUCUCUCUAAGAAAAGCCCCAACUCCCAGUCUCAGCACACUCACUCCCAUCUGGCAAACAGUCACAACGAUGAGGAGCGAGACGGGACUCUGAGCGGCCGCACUAGUCCCAUGCAGGGGACGAACGGCAGGGCCUUCCCCUCUGAAAAAAUGGAGUGCACCGAUCAGACAAGCUCCCUCACUCCUCCACCUUUUUCCCAUCUCAACCAGUCCCUUGGCCCCCAUCAUCCCCACCUGCACCGCUCAGGCACCCAGGGCACAGAUCGCUACCCAUGCCCCCCCAGCCCUGACACUCCCACGGAAGGUGGCGAGGCAGGCAGGGAAAUGGGCAACAUCUACCGCUGGGUGAAACAUGAGCCACUGUCAUAUACAGCUGAAGAUGAAGAUGAGGACGAGGAUGAGGAGGAGGGGGGUGAAAACGUAGACCAGCAUCACAACCACCACAAGGUUGGGGAGGAGAGUGAAGGAGCAGAUGACAAGAGCGGGUCUGGCACAGAGGAGACGGGGAGCAGUGAAGGCCGCCCCUCCCCUACGGGACCAAUGGGGAGGUUCCACAUGCCGUAUGAGCCAGAGAGCUUCGGGGACAAUCUGUAUGUCUGCAUUCCCUGUGACAAAGGCUUCCCGAGCUCAGAGCAGCUCAAUGCACACGUGGAGACACACACAGAGGAGGAGCUGUACGGCAACUCCGGUGGGGAGAUGGGAAACAGCAAUAACAGCAGCACCAAAAACAUCAGCAGCAAUACAAACGGCUACGGGAGCCUGAACAGCAGCAACAGCUUGAACAGUCUGUCCCAUCUGGAGUCCAAGUCAAGACAGGGGCUGAAUUCAGGGGCCCUCGGGGAGAUGAUGCGACCCUACCGCUGUUCCAACUGCGAAAAGUCCUACAAAGAUCCAGCCACUCUGCGGCAGCACGAGAAGACCCACUGGCUGACGCGGCCGUACCCUUGCAGCAUCUGUGGCAAGAAGUUCACGCAGCGUGGUACCAUGACGCGCCACAUGCGUAGCCACCUGGGCCUCAAACCUUUCGCCUGCGACUCCUGUGGCAUGCGCUUCACCCGCCAGUAUCGCCUCACUGAGCACAUGCGCAUCCACUCUGGGGAAAAGCCCUACGAAUGUCAGGUGUGCGGGGGAAAGUUCGCCCAGCAGCGCAACCUCAUCAGCCACAUGAAGAUGCACAGCAGCGGAGGGAGUGCGGGGGGCCUGACCGCAGAUCUGAAACUGAAGCUGGACUUUGCAGAGGGCAUCUAUCCUCUGAGUAAAUACACAGCAGAGCACCUUGGGCUGAAGCAGGAGAAGGCCAAUGAACUUCACAUCCAAGCUCAGCAGCUGGUGGCUGGCGGAAAGGCCUUGGAGAGCCUCUACCCGCUGUCCAAACUGGCCGCGGAGCACCUGGGCCUCAUCCACGACAAGAUGGAUGUCCUGGGCCAACCCCUGCCCGCUCUCUCACAGGCCCUUGAAGCCCGCACCAUUGACCGCUACUCACCCAGCUAAGACAUGUGACCUGUCGCCAAUAGGUCUGUGUGCACACACAACUUGCAGUAUUCUAAAGCCAUUCACCUCAGUAUCCUCCUCUGCACCUCAGACUCAGGCCAAAAGAAACUGGUCUGCUAAUGCACACCAAAACAUUUAGACUGUCAGUGCCUUUCUAUGCAUCUAAUGUAUCUUAAAGUCCUCCUUCAUAAAGGAAGUCUGUGCUAUUCCAUGACCAAGAGACACUCACUCAAAGAAGUACAGUAUUUAUGUACAGCGUAUAUAUGCAAACAAACAUUUCUUCUUUUUUUUUUUUUUCAGCCAUUGAGCCACAGUUACAAAUUGAAAACCAAAAAUGAAAUUGUUUUAUUUAUUUUUGUAUCAUGAUGAAAUCCAAAGAGAAACUGUUGCAAGGAAACAUUGCAAUCAGACCCUAAACCUGUGUACUAUUGAUUAUCAUCUGUGUACAAGAAAUGACAAAAAAAAGCACAUAAGGACAAGAUCCAGGGUUUGUGUCCAGACCUGAGCGGAACUUUUAUCAAAUGAAUAAACCAGCUCUCCUGGACUUUAAAGUAAUGGGAGGAUAUAUAUAUAUUUUUCUUCUUGUUUUUUUUUUUCUUUUCUGUUUGUUGGGGUACUGGACAAUGUAUGUAUCUGACCCUCCAGCUUCUCCCCACCGUGUUCCCUGCAUCCCAAGGAAAUAGCUCAACAAUAAGAGCAAUCGCUUCAGCAUUGUCUCCUCUGCUCUGUUUUGACCACAUGUUUUUUAAAGUAACCCACUCCCCUUCAUAUUUGUGUGUACAGGCUCACGCUAUGUGACAGCAGCGGUAGCUUAAGCAGCCGUACACUCAGAGCGUAACCCUCCUCGAGCUAAAACUUCCUUUGCAGCUUGACUGACUUCCCACAGCUCUCACUUGUUAUUGAGAUGCAGCAAGCACGGCCCUGUGAUCUCAUAGCUGGGACAUGAUUGCACAUACCCAACUGAUGACACACUAAUCCCUGCAUCUCAUGGCGUAGACGACGCAUGGGUGUUGCCUCUGACAUUGUGUAAUAUUUGCAGUUACGGAUGCAGCUGAGGCUCGGACCGGGUCACGAGUUAAUGACACAGAGAUCUGUCAAGAGCAAUUACUCCACUCGCAGCGUGAUGAUUAACGGUGGAGCGGCAGUAGUCAAAUGCCGGGGUUGGACGCCGCUCUGAUCCACUGUCCAACCUCACAUCUGACCUCCCUCCCCCUGUAGUCUUCUGUCUGGGAGCCCUGCUACUGUUGACAGGCCAAAGUCAAUGCUGUUCCCAGCCCUUUGCCUUUAAAAGUGCUCCACACGACACACACACACACACACACACACACACACACACACACACACACACACACACACACACACACACACACACACACACACACACACACACACACACACACACACACACACACACACAGAGCGAGCUGCUAAUCUGUCAGUCAAAUGAAAAUAAGAAGGGGGUUUGUGUGUCUUCCCUGGAAGGAAGCUGACGGGUGAACAGCACUCCCCAGCUGCCGUGGCUCAGUAAUCCCUGUGAAAUCUCACUUUCUCCUGGACAAUUCGCACUGCUCGCCAGCAUGAUGUCCCAUUUCAUGCCUGCCAUCUUACCCCUCUGAUCCACUUAUUAACAUCACAUCCCAGCUUAGCAAGUGUCCCCCCCCCCGCCCCAGCCUCGCCUCCGUUUUUUUUCUUUCCCCCUGCGCUGGUAUCAAAUGUGGAAACAGAGAAAGACAUAUUUCUGUGUUGGCUGACCGGCGGCUCCUCCAGCUUGACAACAAAAGAGCACUUAAAGGUUGUGGGGUUGAAGGCACAUUCUUGUCUUUGAAUGUUUAUUCCAAAGAGCACGCUGCCCUCUUUCUAUUUUGUAUUCUAACACUUUUCCUGGUCCCUCAGAUAAAAAAUGUCUGACCACUAUAGUGCCAACGCCAACCUCAGUGGGUGAAUGUGAAGACUAAAGCCAUAAAUACACUGUGAUAGACGUAGUGACUCUUAAAGGCUUAAAAACAAACACAGACAAUGUGCCUGACGUUUUGGGAUUGUUUUUUUUUUUCUUCAUGUACAAUAAUUUAAGGGCUUCUUUUUCUGUAGCAUAUGAUCAUAUCAGACACGUUGUUUCCAGUCACUUACUUUUCUUUACUUCAUUUUGAUUUGAGCUGAAAGCAGCGCACGUGAAACUGGUGCUUUACCUCAGGACUGAACCCAGCAUGGGGGAAAAGCUAAACUUUAGUCAACCCUCAGAUAACAACUUCAUCACACACACACACACUUUUUUUAAAUUUUCUUAUUUACAGGGCGGUGGUCCUGUGUUAAACCUGUGGUUAUUUCUGUGUGUAUACAUUUCUUGUUACAGUUUAAUGGUGGAGAGAUAACAUGUGAUAUUAACAUUUGUGUUGUUAUUUUUUACUAUGCGGUAUACAUUUUCUAUUGUGUUGUCCUCAAAGAGGCUUGUGUCGGUCUGACCAAUUCCAUUGUUAUAACAUGAGGCAAAGUCAUCUUGGUAGUAUCUUAACUGGCUGUUUGUGAAUUUCCGAACCACAUGUUAGUGCGCAUAAUGCCAUUUUCUUUUUCUUAUUUUUUUUAUUCCAACCACACGUACAGUUAAAAUCUAAGUGACGAGUGUAGAGCUUUGAAACUUUGGUUUGCCCACAAGACACGACGCAGCUCUCUGCACAGAUAAGCAGUGGCUUUUCUGGGCGAGUCAGAAAAACGACUCUCAGAUUGUUUGACCCCGUUUCUCCAGAGGUUAGUGAACUUUUGAUGAGAGUCAGACUGAGGCCGCACACGCACACAAACACACAGGAUGCCUGCUUGUUUUCGUUGAUACUUCAAGUUUUGGGUUUGAAGAAAUAAAGAAAGAUAAACUUCAGAUCAAACAUUAUUAACCGUAGCAACUCAGUCCACAAACAUGCAUACGUGUUAGAAAACGUAGCAACGGGCGGAUGUCAGUCGUGGGAAUUUCUCACUCCCUCUCAUUCAGGAGUUUAAAUGAAAAUCUGUCUCCUCCUUCCCCUGCCUUACACCCUUAAAAUAACAUGAUUUGUUUCCACUGUCACUUCAAAUCUGUGCAGGAGGGAAGAGCAAGAUAAUGGCUGAACGUUUCUGUAGGAUGUGCACUCCUUGCCACUUGUUUAAUUGUGUCAAUGUGUACGACGGACGGACGGGCGGACGGGGGAAGGUGGUGUGUGUGCAUAGCGAGGGGAAGCGUUUUCUUGUCUGUUUGUGUGUCCCUAUGCUAUUUAAGCAUAUAAGCGGCUGUUAAUGCAUGUCCUGGGAAUAGGGCUGGUGUGAAGGAGAAGAGCUGAGGAGCAGGAAGUGAACUUUUGGCUGGUGCGCUGCGCCGAGCAGGAUGUGCCGUGUGUUUCUGCUCAGAGGCAGAUAGAGAGACGGAGAAUGGGGAGGGAGAGGAGCAGGGCGAGCGCAGCAGGGUGGACAUGAGCCAUUGUCUCAGUAUGAAAGCCUGGUCGUACUUCUGAAACCCUCCAUUCAGAAAACAAGUAGACUGUAUCUUCUCUUUUCCUUCCCCUCGCUGCUCUCUGGGAAUAAACCCCUGCUCAGUAUCACGGUGAUACGAUGUCGUGGCCUUUCAAGCGCUGCACAGUGAGGAAGCCAUUCAGACAUUUUGUUACAAUUUGAGGAUGUUGUGGAUUAAUUUUUCUGGCAUCCCUUUGGUCACAGGAAUUCAUCAGUGUUCUCCCCAUAAAACAUGUGUGACAGAGCCGAUCAAUAUGAAGGUCAUAGAAACUGUAUUGUAAAUCAUAAUUUAAAAACGUAAAAAAACAAAAAACUGGGUCUGUGGUUGAUUCAGUUUGUAAAAUUAGGAGAGUCUUGUUUUAAUUUACUGGUGCAGCCACUCACCCCAUGGGGGUUUAAUGCCAUGUGCCUUUUCUGAAUGUUAUUUAUACGACACGUCAACUCAGAAAACCUCUGCUUCCCAAAGUGGUUUGGAUGAAGAUGUUUUGAAAUAAAUAAAUUUAGUUUAGUCACAUUAAUUACCACAAUGAAAAUAAAUGAAUGCAAAACAAUAAAUAAAGGAGUGCUGUAAAACAAGCCACCAACCUCGAGAUGUGAGCUUAACUUUUUUAAAUUUUAUUAUAUCAAAUUCUUAAGUCCAUUUCUUUCCUUUUUAAUGAAAUAGCAGCCGUCCCCCUUUUAUAACACCGACAUGAUAGAAUUAAAAAAGCAUCUGGAUGAGGCCAGUGUCAACCAAAAGAGAGGUUUGGAAUGACACCACAAAAAAAAAAGUAAAAAUUCAAAGUAUGUAUCUAAGUUUUCCACCAGCGGCAGCAGGCCGAGGUCACCUAUGUGUAGAGUCCCGAUCCGCAAUCAUGCUGUUUGACAUUUAUUGUGUUUCCCGCUGUGUGCCAGAAGGACUGAAGCGCUUCCCAGAUGCUCAAAACAAAACUCGCUGAUCAUCUUUGUAGUUUCCACGGGACGCAUUGCGGCGCGAGGCCUCUGACCGACGUUGCCUUGUUAUGAAAGUCAUAUUCUGUGUGGUUGACCAUGAGAGUGCAGCGCAGACGUGCCACUAUUGUCCAAUGUGAUGAUCAUUUUUAUGAGCAAGCCAAAAAUUAUUAAUAUUCAAGCCAUAUUUUGGCUGUGAAACCAAAAACUUUGGUCAGAAAUACAAGUGUGCCUUUGGUAUAAGGAGCAUUCAGUGACUUUUCAAUACUUUGUAUGAGUGCAUGCAUAGGUGUGUGUGUGUGUGUGUGUGUGUGUGUGUGUGUGUGUGUGUGUGUGUGUGAGAGUGUGUGUGUGUGCACCUGCCCAUCUACAUGUCUCAGCGUCUUUCCCACAGUGCAGCAGGGUGAAGUACGAUGGAGAGAUUUGACACUUUCAGAGUCUUUAUUACAAGCAGCUGCUUUAGAUUUAUUUCCCUGAACUGCACUUUUCUGGAAAAAUCAUUGUAUUGUGAUUUUUUAUUACUCUUACGAUCCCCUCGAAGUCCCACAAUUGCCUUUUCCUCUGGCACUCUGCUUCCUUCGCCUUCCUCCUCUUCCUCCCUCCAGUGCAGAGCCCGGCCACGUUCGCUCACCGCCCUUGUUCCCUCAAAGCGCAGCCUUCCCCCUCACCUCUCUCUGUCCCCUCUCUCCUCUUACACUCGACUCCAACCGCUGACCCACAGCGCCCGCCGCCUCCCCCCCCCUCCCCUCCCCUGAUCCACUUACUUCCAGCUGUUUUUCAUGCUGAAGAAGACAGUUGUCUAAAUGUUUACGUGAAGAGCUACUUUCUUUUUCUUUAGGCCCUGAUCAAUUUCCAAAAUGAACUUUGUGGCAUGUGUUAAAAUACAGCAGAUGAUGGGCCAAAUCUAAAAGUCUGACAUCGUUAUUGUAUUCUGAUCCCGGGGGCCAAGAAACGGCUUACAAAGGGGAGAUUAAAGACAGCACAUCAUUGUAGAGGAAAUGCAGAAUAAUGUGAGGGGAAAUGUUCGGGGGAAAAUAUGCUCAGAAAGAUGCCAGUAAAGUAAACAUGUAUGAAAUUGCACAAUUGAGCCGGGCCUCGGCUGCGCCAGCCAAGUCAUGCGCCGGGAUGGAGGGAACAAGUGAGGGAGAAGGGUUGAGAGGUAAAGAAGCAGAAACACAGAGACAAAUAGCUUUGUGCUCGAUGGUCAUAACCUUCACUUAAUAACAAAGAGAAACUGGUGGCGUUGUGUUUCUUCACCUCUGUUUUUUUUUAACCUCGUUCUUUGAGCUAAUUCAUCCCCCUCCUUUUUCUUUUUUUUUUUUAAAGGAAAUUGUCUUGAAAGGAAAGUUUUUAUUUCCUUUUCAUUGUUCAUUUCUGCGGGUCAUGCCAAGGUUUCUUCACGUUCAUGUCAGCAUGCCCCCUGAGAAGUCAUCCUCUUCCCAGACCGAACAAUUAGCACCCAAUCAGCACAUGACCCACAGUAGGCUCUUUGUAGCUGAAUAUAGGGGAAGGGGGCUCUGGCUGCCCAUGUCCUCCUCCUGCAUCUGUUCAGCCUGCAUCUCUGUUUCUGUCACACACACACACACACACACACACACACACACACACACACACACACACACACACACACACACACACACACACACACACACACACACACACACACACACACACGAUGUGGACUGAGGUUUGAAUCUUUUGGUUUACAUUCUACAACGUCUGCUCCAGCAGUUAAAGUCCAAAAGAAAAAAACAAAGAGCAAGACAAAGGACAAACCAAGAGUUUGGAAGAGUGAAAGUUGUCAGGGAGAAGAUUUGAUUGUACACACACACACACACACACACACACACACACACACACACACACACACACACACACACACACACACACACACACACACACACACACACACACACACACACACACACACACACACACUCACACACACAGCUGGAUGGCAGACUUCUGCUUCAGAUUAGGUCAGAUUUAAUUAGGUUGCCCUGCUCCGUUUGGACUGUCGCUUCUUGUAGAAAAAACCAUUAUUAAAGAGAAGGCGAUCCCGCUGACGGCUUCCACCCAAAACACACCGAAACCUGUGCCAAGAUAGAGCCUCAGGGUCCACACACACACACACACACACACACACACACACACACACACACACACACACACACACACACACACACACACACACACACACACACACACACACACACACUCGCACACAAAAGCAUUGAUUCUGGUUUUGGAAAAAGGUUAUGUGAAGAAAUGAUGGAUUAUGAUCUAAUGAAGAUCACUGUGAUGUUUUGAGGUGGUUUUCCUCUACGACUGAUUGUGGUUCAAGGAAGUUCAGCAGCAACACAGACCGCCACGCAGACAGUGGUAGCUACAGAUAGAUGGAAAGAAAAACACAUACAUCACACAUUUACAGUGGAGAUGAGAUUUUCAGUGGAAGACGGGAUCGUAUUUCAGCACAAGGCAGAUGUGCGUGAAACACGAUCAAUGUCCAGUGUUUCGUUUUGUGCUUUUACAACAGUUUAUACCGUGAAAACAAUUAAAAGCAAUACAUUAAACCAAACAGUAUUUUUUUUGUUUUCAAUUUUUUUGCCUUUCAUGUCAAUAUUGAUUUUACUUUGCUUUAGUGAAAUGAAUGUAUUUAUUGCAUGUCUACAUGUUUUAUAGUUAAUUUUUCUUGUGUAAAUUUCAAUUGUGGGUUUUUAUGAUAAUUUCAUUUAAUUAUGGUGUCUUGAUAAAAUCAUGUUGAUAAGGCUUUUAUUUUUUUUAAAAGCCAAUGUGAAAAAAAAUGUCAUGUUUUUUUUGUUUGUUUCUAUACUCAAAAUCAACUUGGCAAUAAAGUGAAUUGCAUAAUGGA